AUGAUGGAAGAAAUGGAGAGAGCUUUAAAUGCUACUGACCAAUUCUUGGAUGCUGUUUUACAGAAUGAAAAUCGUUUAAAAGAUCCAAAUUUUAUGAUGUAUUUGAUGCAUGUACGACAAAAACAUAAGAAGGCAUUUGCAGUAAUUGAUGAAAUGUACAACGUAACCUCUUCAUCCAACUUAACUUCAUCAAUAAAACUUUCCCAUACUGAUAUUGAUCAACAAUGUUAUGUUUUAUCUAAUUCAUGGAAUUCAAUUAACACAAAUAACGGAAAAGAUGCUUGGAUUAUUGAUGACGAAAGCAAAUGUUUACGUUCAAUUCAAACUGAAAAACAUAAGAUACUUGAAGAAGGAAGAAUUGAAUAUGCUAACAAAUGGUCACCACAAAUUGCUAAUAGCACAAGUAUUACCAAAAAGUUACACGUAAGGAAUAAUGCGAAAUCAAUUCGAACAUUUUAUUCCUGGCGAUUUAUGAAUGAAUUAAUGGAGAAGAAGAAGAUUGAAGAAGUUGAAGAAAAAGAAAGAAUAACAUAUCUUCGGAAUAGAGCACGAAUGGUACCACGAUCCACAUAUGAACCACGCUAUCAACAGUUAUGUGAAAAAGAAGAACAUGCUCGUCAGAUACGACAUCAAAAGGCAGUAGAAAUGCUUGAAAAAGUAUGCAUCCCACGAAUGAAUGCAACGUUUGGAACGGAAAGCUUUCAUUUACGACGAUGUAUCAGUGCGGAAGCAUCCGACUGGAAUAAACGAGAAGCUUUUAAAGCAAAGGAAGUUCCGCUUAGCGUCUAUGUACAGCCAUACAAAGAUGAAAUUCAAGCAUGUAAAAGGGCACGUCGGAAGACGGAACGAGCAGCUGAAUUAAUUCGAACAAGUCGUGCACCACCGGGGCUUGAGAAACAUGCGAUACAAUCAAAAGUACAAUAUCAUCUUCGACAUAAAAAACAUUGGAUGGAACAGAAACCGAAACAUAACGUUUGCUAUUCACGAGCUGUACCAGAUUUCAAAAAAUUGCAUGAGCAAUUAUUAAAUAAGUUAGAAAAAGCAGCAGCAAAUCGUCCUACAACUGUCGUGACACCCUUUUACUUUCAAACCGAUGAACGAAAAACGAAUCAUAAAUGCUUUCAUGAGGAUUUGUUGCCAAGAAUAAAUCGUCGUAGCUAUUCGACAGGUAAUUUGCGAGAAUACAACGGACCUCAAAUACGUCUCAAUCACGCGUCUUUGCUACGUAGCGAAGCUAAUCGGAUUCGUACCCAAAAAAUGGAAACUGAACAAAAUUGUUCGCAAAAAUUUUGGGAACUAAUGAGAAAACGAAGUGAUUUGGCACGCAUAAAAUUGAAACAGAAAUUAGCAACGAAAAUUACGACAAUUUGUGAUAUUCAACGUCGAUUGAAAGAGAAAAAAACAAAACAACAAGAGCGAGCAGAUGAAUAUCGUAAUGAAUUGGAAGCAAUGAAACGACGAGUUCGAGCACGGGCACUUAUUGUUGAACAACAAGAAAUGCUAAUUAAAAUGCAACGAUUCGAGCGGAAGUACAAGGAAACCGUGACAGGUGCACGAGAUAAAACACAAAAAAUCAAUAUGCAAAAUCAAUAUUCAAAUAGAUUUAAACAACGGAUGGCGAUAACUAAUUCUGAUCAACAAUCAGUGAUAAUUUCCGCGUUAGAUCAAAGUAUUAAUAAAACUCAAACUUCUAAAACGGAAACCAGUAGCGAUAGUUUAUUUAUAUUGGAUAGCGAUGAUAAAGAAAGGAAAGAACAUGUUAACGGAGAUAAUGAUAUUGAUAGUAAUGAUAAUGAUGAUGAUGAUGAUGAUGAUGAUAACGAUAAUAACGAUAUUGAUUACGGUAGUGAUUUUCAUGAGAAUGAUGAUAGCAAUAGUGGUGAUGAUGAUGGUGAUGAUCGUGACGAUGGUGAUGAUAGCGAUGACGGUGAUGACGAUGACGAGGGUGAUGGUGAUGAUAAUGGUGAUGAAGAUGAGGAAAGUGAAAGUGAGAAUGAUGGUUUUGACGAGACUUCUGAACCAAAAAAUAGUGGAAGUUCAUUGGACAGCUAG